GCGCAUGCGCAAAAUCAAGCACCACAAAAAAAACUAAUAAGCCCCGCCUCCCCACGUGUAUCCGACACACCCCUUGAGAAGGAAUCCAUUUCAAAAUGGAGGCAACAGAUGAACUGAUAGAGGACACUCCCUUUAGAAGCAGUCAAGGUAGUGGCACAGGCCUUAAUUUUACACUCAAUGACAAUAGUGCAUCGUUUGAGCUGGAAACUUUGGAUCCUCAGAAACGCGAGCUCCUUGAGGCGAGGUUCAUGGGCCGGUCGCUACCAAUGACAAUUAACACUGAUUCAAACAUUAGCGCUGGUUCAAGUGAACAUGAUUCUGAGCCUCAGACCUCACAGCCUGAAAAACCCAAACCGCCUCGUGCAAGGAAGCGACAAUUAUCAGAAGAGAACGGUCCCUCAUCAAAAACAGGAAAGAGUCCGAAAAUGGAUCCAUCAAAGAAGAUAAGCGAAUACUUCCCAAGUAAAGGGACCAGUGGGACCAAUAGCAGCUGCUCCCAGACUAGACUGGUCUUUACAUCAAGUAAUACCGCACAAACACAAACCGAUAUUAAUUUGGAAAGAUUGAAAAAACUAGAGAAAAGCACCAGUCAGUACGAGGAAGAUAAAGAGCUCCUUCAAGAGCGUGUGACACAACUUGAGGCUAUUUUAAGUAACUCAAGUGAUAAAAUUGAAUUACUGACUGGAAAAAUAUCAAAGUGUGUUGAAGUUAUUAAACAAUUAUUGAUUGAAAAGAGCACCGCUACAAAGAAAGAACAAAGAGAAGAAAGUGUUAGGAAUCAACUAAGACUUGGACGAUUCUCAGCUCAGAGACAGGGAGCUCAUUUCGUCGAUACCUGGAUUGACGGGUUUGCAUUUCAAGAACUUUCACAAGAACAGAAUGACAUAUCAGUCCAGAAGGAGGAGAUAGAGAAACAGAAAAAAUUAUUAGCAGCAAAGAAAAAGAUUGUGUCAUCUUCUGGAAGCAAGAGGGCUGGCAAAUCUUCCCCAACUCUUGAUUCCGACGGAUUCACUAAACCACAGGCUCCAGGUAUAAGUAUGUCAGAGUUUCUUGAAAAAGAUGAAAUACUGAAGCUCAGAGGAGCUGCUCUAAAGAAAGAAGAUUUGAACAUUCUCCAGUUGAGGGAGAAACUAGAGCGGGAAAGAAACCUUCACAUCAGGGAAUUGAAGAGAAUUGCAGCUGAAGAUAACUCAAGGUUUAAUGAUCAUCCUGUUCUUCACAAUCGCUACUUGUUGCUUCACUUGAUUGGCAAAGGAGGUUUCAGUGAAGUACACAAGAGCUACGAUUUACAUGAGCAAAGGUAUGUCGCAUGUAAGAUUCAUCAGUUGAAUCCAGACUGGAAAGAAGAUAAAAAAGCUAAUUAUAUCAAACACGCCUUAAGAGAAUACAACAUUCACAAAAAACUUGACCAUCCGCAUAUAGUUCAGCUGUACGAUGUUUUUGAAAUUGAUGCCGAUUCUUUCUGCACUGUCCUUGAGUUUGUGAGCGGUAAUGAUUUAGAUUUUCUACUGAAGCAAAACAAAACUUUACCAGAGAAAGAGGCUAGGAGUGUUGUUGUCCAAACUCUCACCGCUUUGAAGUAUUUAAAUGAAAUACGUCCACCCAUCAUUCACUUUGAUUUGAAACCAGGUAAUAUAUUGCUUGGUUCUGGAAUAUACAGUUAUGAAGCUAAGAUAACUGACUUUGGUUUGAGUAAGAUUGUGGAGCAAGAGGGAACUGAUGGAAUGGUAGAACUAACUUCACAAGGAGCCGGCACUUACUGGUAUUUGCCUCCGGAAUGUUUUGUAAUUGGCAAGGAACCUCCAAAGAUCUCGUCAAAGGUGGAUGUAUGGUCAGUUGGUAUCAUAUUCUUUCAGUGUCUGUAUGGAAAAAAACCAUUUGGUCACAACCAAAGUCAAGCCUCCAUCUUAGAGGAGAAUGUUAUGCUAAAAGCAACUGAAGUUGAGUUUCCUUCAAAACCGCCUGUUUCAAAUGAGGCAAAAAAUUUCAUAAAGCGCUGCUUAACGUAUCGCAAGGAAGACAGACCUGAUGUUAUUACAAUCAUUGAGGAUCUUUAUCUUCAGCCGAAGAAAGCUCCUGCUGUUCCUGGUCAUUCUGGUUCACCUGGACCCACUAGUUAACUGGCCAGCUCCAUAUAUCAACUUCUCCCUCUUUUAUCAACUUGUUAUAAAUAUUUUAUGUUAUUAAAGAAUAAUAAAAUGAUGGAAAUUACCACUGACUAUAUGAUAGUCCAUGGUUCCAAUUGACAGUUUUUGAAUUAUGGCUGUUUUAAAUGAG